AUGACAGAAGCGGCACGAUCUGGGAAAUGGCCAUAUAUACGUACAUUGCCGAAGCAGUUCCCACCAUGGCCACAAGAUCCCUCGAAAGGCAUCUGGGGCGUGCAGCAUCUGCUCCACCCGUCAAAUCCCGAUCAUCUCACAUUCGCAAGAUCGUACUUUGACAGCGAGCUUCUGAAGUACGUCGCAGCACUAAUUGGGUGUGGCGAGGACGAUUUGACCAUGGAAUUAUACAACAUGCUGGUUCGACCAGACGAGGACUUCAGUCUGCGCUGGCAUAGAGAUGAUGUCGCAGCUACCGCAACGCCUGAAGAAGAGCUCGAGCGAUUGAAGAAGCCAGGGCAUCACGCACAGUGGAACCUUGCACUGUACGACGACAGCAGCCUUGUACUUGUGCCUGGAUCGCAUAAACGCGCACGCACUGAGACGGAACGAAAUGCGGACCCGUACGAAGUACACAUGCCCGACCAGAUUACUGUGCAACUCAAGGCAGGCGAGGUGGCCUUCUACAAUAACAACAUCCUACAUCGCGGCGUGUACGACAGUUCGAAAGAAAGGAUGACGUUGCAUGGAAGUAUAGGAACGACACAUGCGGGGAGCGAGCGAGCGAGGAAUGUGUUGCAGCACGGUGUCGGUGAUUGGGCCAAGGAAUACGAUUUCGAGGGAUUUGAACCUGACAUGGCAGAAAGGGCGAAGAAGAUGAGAGAGAGGCUCGUGGAGAUGGGACAGAAGAGCGGAGAUGUUGGCUUUUUCUCGAAGGAUGAAUGA